AUGCAAGGGGACUUCAAUGGUCUUAAAACACUUAUUUUGAAUGAGAAUAAAUCAGCUUUUUAUGUUCAUUGUUUUGGUCACCAACUUCAACGUGCUCUUGUAGUUGUCGCAAAGAAACAUAUUCUAGUUGCUUAUCUUUUUAGUGUGGUAACUAUGGUGAUAAAUGUUGUUGGGUAUUCUUCUAAGCGUUGUGAUAUUCUUAGAGAAAACCAAGAUGUUAUUAUUUCUGAAGCACUCAAGUGUGGUGAAAUUUCAAGUGGAAGAGGGCUAAAUCAAGAAACAAAUCUUAAACGUCCCGGUGAUACUUGUUGGGGUUCACAUUAUGCUACAUUGGUAAGCUUGAUUAACUUAUUCUCCCCUAUAACUAAUGUUCUUCAAAUAAUAGUAGGCGAUUGCCAAGCAAACUCUGAACAAAGGUUUGAAGCAAGUAAUUUAUUGUCUUUGAUGUUAACCUUUGAUUUUAUAUUCAGUCUACAUUUAAUGAAAGCAUUGUUGGGAAUAAAAAAUGAAUUGUCAAAAGAACUACACAGAAAAGAUCAAGAUAUUGCAAAUGCCAUGAAAUUAGUGGAAAGUUGCAAGAAAAGAUUACAAGCAAUGAGAGACAAUGAAUGGGAUUCCUUUCUUAAUCAAGUCUCAACCUUUUGUGCUAAAUAUAAUGUGGAUGUUCCUGAUAUGGAUGAUACAUUUGUUGCCCAAGGUCGAUCAAGGCGCAAAACUCAAGAAAUGACAAAUUUACAUCACUAUCGUGUGGAGUUCUUUUUUGUUAUUGAUAUCAAACUUCAAGAGCUAAAUGAAUGUUUCAAUGAGGUAAACACCGAAGUACUUCUUUGUGCCCUGGUGAUUCAUUUGUAG